UGAGAGGCGCGGCUCCUUGAACUUCCUCAUCUAAAAGUUUUAUAAAUACUCUAACCUCCGUUUCUUCCCUUACAUUUAUAUUUUUACAACUUUAUAUCGUAUGGACGCAUUUUAAUCCCGGAGUAGAUAAGGUCUCCAGUCUUCUAUGGAUGAGGAGAGAGAGGAUGGGGGUCCUACCUCUAAGACCACUCUGUCUGGGGAACAUGGCCGCCAGAGCAAAGCUACGAGAAGGAGGCAGGAGAGAGCAGACUCCCCUGGACCCAGCUGUGUCUCCAUGAAGAGUGACCACUAUAUGGGGGAGCUUCAAAGGAUCCGUUCUGAAUUUGUGAAGGGAGUUUCAGAACCAGUUAUCAAAGGUCUCCUGGAUGACCUUUGGCAGCAGAAGGUGUUCAGUUCUGAGGAAAAGGACUACGUGAUGGCCGAGAGGACCAAAGCAGACCAAGCACGUUGUCUGAUCGACAUGGUGAUCGGUAAAGGGGAGAGAGCAAGUCAGGCGAUGAUUGAUAGUAUGAAGAAGAGGGACGAACACUUAUGCUCCACCCUGGGUCUGAUCUCUUCUCCUCCUGGUGUGGGAUCUGCUGCGGUCCAGUGCCAACAUAAAAUAAAGUCUAAUUUGCAGAAGAAGUUCAGGUGUGUGUUUGAGGGAAUCGCUAAAGCAGGACAUUCAACACCUCUGAAUGAGUUCUACACAGAGAUCUUCAUCACAAAGAGAGGCAGUGGAGAGGUCAACCAGGAGCAUGAGGUCAGACUGAUUGAAACAGCUUCCAGGAAACCAGCCAUAGAGGAAACACCAAUCAGAUGUGAGGACAUCUUUAACCCGUUACCUGGACAAGAUAAACCAAUGAUAAAACCAAGGACAAUUAUGACAACUGGAGUGGCCGGCAUUGGUAAAACCGUCUUAACACACAAGUUCACUCUGGACUGGGCUGAAGACAAGGCCAAUCAGGACAUACACUUCACAUUUUUCUUCACUUUCAGAGAGCUGAAUUUACUAGAAAUGAAAGAGUUUAGCUUGGUGGGACUUCUUCAUCACUUCUUUAAUGAGACCAAAGAAGCAGGAAUCUGUAGAUACGACCUAUUCCAGGUUGUCUUCAUCUUUGAUGGUCUGGAUGAGUGUCGACUUCCUCUGGACUUCCGGAGAAACCCGAUCUGUACUGAUGUCACAGAGGUCACCUCGGUGGAUGUGCUGCUGACAAACCUCAUCAGGGGCAACCUGCUUACCUCUGCUUGCAUCUGGAUAACCACACGCCCUGCGGCAGCCAAUAGGAUCCCUGCUGAGUGUGUUGACGUGGUGACAGAGGUGAGAGGGUUCACCGACCCACAGAAAGAGGAGUACUUCAGGAAGAGAUUCACAGAGGAGACACUGGCCAAAACAAUCAUCGCCCACAUCAAGAAAUCACGAAGCCUCCACAUCAUGUGUCACAUCCCAGUCUUCUGUUGGAUCACUGCUGCAGUUCUGGAAAACUUCUUCAAAACAUCCCAGCUAGGAGAAGAGAUGCCCAAGACCAUUACUCAGAUGUACAGCCACUUCCUGAGGGUUCAGUCCAUGCAGGGGGACAGGAAGUAUCAUGGGAGAGCUGAAACAGAUCAACACUGGAGUCCAGAGAGCAGGGAGAUCAUUAUUUCUCUGGGAAAACUGGCUUUUAACCAGCUGGAGAAAGGCCACCUGAUCUUCUACGAGGCAGACCUGGCAGAGUGUGACAUCGAUAUCGGAGCAGCCGCAGUCUACUCAGGAGUGUUCACCCAGAUCUUUAAAGAGGAGGGUGGGCUGUACCAGGACAAUGUGUUCUGCUUUGUCCACCUGAGCAUCCAGGAGUUUCUGGCUGCCCUUUAUGUCUUUAUGUCAUUCAUCGACACUGGGGUCAAUCUGCUCUCAAGACAACCACAAUUCCUGUGGUCUAUUUUUUCUAGAAACAAAGGAAAUGUCAAACUCUACCAGAGUGCUGUGGAAAAGGCCUUACAGAGGGAGGACGGACGCUUAGACUUGUUCCUCCGCUUCCUCCUGGGCCUCUCUCUGGAGACCAAUCAGAUUGUCCUAAAAUGUCUGCUGGGAAAGACAGUAUGUAGCUCAAAGACCAGUAAGAAAAUGGGCUCUUACAUUAAGAAGAAGAUAGGUGGAGUUCUAUCUCCAGAGAGAAGCAUCAAUCUGUUCCACUGUCUGAAUGAGCUGAACGACCGUUCUCUCGUGAAGGAGAUCCAACAGUACCUGACAUCAGGAAGUCUCUCCGGAAAAUCUCUCUCUCCUGCUCAGUGGUCAGCUCUGGCCUUCAUCCUACUGACAUCAGAAGAGGAGCUGGACGAGUUUGACCUGAGUGAAUACUCUGCUUCAGAGGAGGGUCUUCUGAGGCUGCUGCCAUUGGUCAAAGCCUCCAAAACAUGUCUGCUGGAUGGCUGUGGUCUGUCAGAGAGAUGCUGUGAAGCUCUGGCCUCAGUUCUCAGCUACAACUCCUGUAGUCUGAGAGAGCUGGACCUGAGUACCAAUGAUCUGCAGGAUUCAGGAGUAAAGCUGCUCUCUGCUGGACUGAGGAGUCCACACUGUACACUGGAAACUCUCAGUUUGAAAGGCUGUCAGCUGUCAAAGAGAUGCUGUGAAGCUCUGGCCUCAGUUCUCAGCUCCAACUCCUCUAGUCUGAGAGAGCUGGACCUGAGUACCAAUGAUCUGAAGGAUUCAGGAGUGAAGCUGCUCUCUGCUGGACUGGGGAGUCCACACUGUACACUGGAAACUCUCAGGAUGUCUGGCUGCCUGGUCACACAGGAAGGCUGUGCUUCUCUGGCCUCAGCUCUGAGCUCCAACCCCUCCCAUCUGAGAGAGCUGAACCUGAGCUACAAUCACCCAGGAGACUCUGGAGCUGCGCUGCUCUCUGCUGGACUGGAGGAUCCACGCUGGAGACUGGACACUCUCAGUGUGGAGCACGGUGGAGUGUGGAGGCUGAAACCAGCUCUAAAGAAGUGUAAGCGUCUGUUUGAUUCAUCACAUCACACACUCACUAUUGAGAGGGAAAGUCCAUCCACACAGCAGGAAGUGAGGUCACAUCCUACUGGGAAUGAAGACGAUGGCUGACAUCAUGUAUCUUACGUAUAUUAAGGCCCAAUCCCGUUUCUUUGCUCACUGUCUCAACCCUACAUCUCAACCCUAACCCUCAUUGCUCAUGCUCAUUGCUACCCCUCAUUGCUACCCCUAACCGAUCCCCUACCAAAUGGGACAACCCUACCCUGUGACGUCAUCAUGGCCUCCCCGUGCCCCCUAGCAGAUAACCAGACCCCUGGUAAUGUUACAAGAGACAGACUGGCUGCCAUUGUCUCGGGCAACGAGCAAGACCCAUUGUAAAGAUGUUUAACCUGAAAUGGUAUUUAUAUUUUGGCCUAGUGUGAGUGCACCCUUAGAUAAUAAUCGGUUAUGAACAAGAACACUUUAGAAGAAACACUUUAUUUAAAUAAGAAACACUGAACAACACAUCUAAAAAUACACACACAAGCAUCUAAAAAUACAUGUUACGUACAAUAUAUAAUAGCUAUGUACACAAUAUAGUACUGCCAAAAAUUACAUUGAUUAACCAUGUAAUAUUACUAAUAUAAUAUAAUAUAUUAGUAUAUAUAAUAUUACUUAUAGAAUGUUACUAAUAUAAUAUAAUAUAUUAGUAUAAAGCUUAUUUUUAACCUGGAGUCACUAGAACAUGGAAGAUCUGGAUAUCAU